UAUCCUCAACUACACUAUAAAAGGCCUUGACUUUGUCUUGAAUCUGGGAUUUCAUCUCAAGCCUUCUGGAUCCCAGGAAUCUCUCUUGAUUUUGUUCAUCUAGGAUAGAUUGAUGAAAUACAUGUCGAAGGUGUCUGGGCUAUGGAGCUUGUACUUCCAAUUUCUCUUCUUGACUCUAAUUCUUCUAUGCUCUUUGAACAGUGUUCUAUCUAGAAAGACAAGUUCCUUUGCACGGUCUGAGUAUCCAUCAGUUGACAUUCCUCUGGACAAUGAAGUAUUUGCUGUUCCAAAGGGUUAUAAUGCGCCACAACAAGUUCAUAUCACCCAAGGAGACUAUGAUGGGAAAGCUGUUAUCAUUUCAUGGGUAACGACCGAACAGCCUGGGAGCAGUAAAGUAUUUUAUGGUGAUGUGGAAGGUACGUAUGAUAGGAGUGCUGAAGGGAAAACAACAAACUAUACAUAUUACAAGUAUCAGUCUGGCUACAUUCAUCAUUGUGUUAUUGAUGGGCUUGAGUACGAGAAAAAAUACUACUACAAAAUUGGAACUGGUGAUUCAGCCAGGGAAUUCUGGUUCCAAACACCUCCAAAGAUUGAUCCAGACACACCAUACAUUUUUGGCAUUAUUGGUGAUUUGGGCCAAACAUAUAAUUCUCUUUCGACCUUUGAGCAUUACCUGCAAAGUGGAGCGCAAAGUGUCCUAUACCUUGGGGAUCUCAGUUAUGCUGACAGAUAUGAACAUUUUGAUGGUGUGAGGUGGGAUUCUUGGGGCCGCUUUAUUGAGCGGAGUGCGGCUUAUCAACCAUGGAUUUGGUCUGCUGGAAAUCACGAGAUAGAAUACGCCCCUCAUCUGGGAGAGUUUAUUACCUUCAAACAAUUUCUACACAGAUACCAACGCCCUCACAUUGCUUCCAAAAGCAGCUCUCCGCUUUGGUAUGCGAUCAGGCGGGCAUCUGCUCAUAUCAUUGUGCUCUCAAGUUAUUCACCAUUCGUUAAGUACACUCCUCAAUGGCUGUGGCUGUACAAUGAGCUGAAGCGAGUUGACCGGGAAAAAACACCGUGGCUUAUCAUUAUAAUGCACGCACCUAUAUACAACAGCAAUGAAGCACACUACAUGGAAGGUGAAAGUAUACGUGCUGUUUUCGAAAGCUGGUUCGUCCAUUACAAAGUAGACCUUGUCUUUGCUGGCCAUGUUCAUGCCUACGAGAGAUCGUAUCGGAUCUCGAACAUAAAGUACAAUGUAACAUCCGGUGCUCGUUAUCCCUUGCCUGAUAAAUCCGCUCCUGUAUAUAUUACUGUCGGUGAUGGUGGCAAUCAGGAAGGCCUAGCUGGAAGGUUUCUCGAUCCACAGCCGGAUUACUCUGCAUUCAGAGAAGCCAGCUACGGCCAUUCUACACUGGAACUGAAAAACAGAACCCAUGCAUUAUAUCGAUGGAACAGAAACGAUGACGGGAACCCUGUUACAGUUGAUCAUGUUGUAUUUUAUAAUCAGUACUGGGCCAGUAACCGGCGUCGGAGGCGGCUCAAGAAGUAUCAUUCUUCUCUAAAUGACAUGAGCUACAUUGUUACAUAUUGAUCAGCUCAUAAUUAUUCGCAUGCUUUGCGGAGAUUGUUGGCUCCUUAUUCUUGUUUUAUAGUGUGUUUCAACUUUUGAGAAUAUCGGUUAUGCUGUUCUUGUAUAAGCUGCAUUUGUGCUGGAAUAAAAAUUGUGAAUUAGCAAAAGUACCAUUCCAAUUGUGCU